CGCAUCACACGCUUGCCCUUCUAUUGUCUGUUGCUGACAUUACAUCCGUCUCUAUCCUACUUGAAUUCCGUGUAAAUGGAGUAAAACCCGGGCAAGUGUAUGCACAGUUGAAAGGUCUAUAAUGUUGCAACGUCUGCAGAGACGCGAGUUUUGCACAUGGAACGCGGAAUCUUCUGAAAACGAAAGCAGUUGCAGGUUUUAACGGUAAUCGGCGUUACAGUCCGAAAGUAAAAUCUGGAGGAGAGACGUCCUGACGAUUCAGCAUGUCGGCCAGAGACACGGUGAGACGCAAUAAAACAGCCAUUCACACCAGUUUGUGUGCAGACUACCGGCUGAUCCUCAACAAAGUUCACGAGAGCAAUCUGAUAACUGGGCGCGAGUACAACAACCUGAAAAGCAUCAACAAAGAAGAUGCGGAGGGCCACGUGGUUGAGCUUGUGGAUAAGAUCUUGAAUAAAGGAGAGGACACCUGCCGAGCCUUCCUGAGCCUCCUGGACACUGAUGAGGACAUUAAAUCCACCUACCCUGAGCUGAAGAACAUACAGUUGAACACCACGGGCCUUUUACGUAAACCUGUCCAAGAUACCUGCCCAGGUCUUCUGUCACCUGAUGACAAGAAGCGGAAGGAGGAUGAGCAGUACCCGUUGAACAGCCAGCCCGCCGGCCUCUGUUUGAUCGUAAACAACGAGAAUUUCCUGGAUGGCAUCAUGAGGAAUGGGACCAACAAAGAUGCUGAAAGUCUGGCAGAAGUGUUCAGCUGGCUGAGGUUCAGAGUGCUGAUGUGUAAAGAUCAAACCAAGGACCAAAUGGAUCGGGCACUGAACCUCUUUGCUUCUCUGAGCGACCUCUCUCAGCUGCAGGAGUGCGGUGUUAAGGAGUGGUCCGGCAGUGGAUUCACUGAUCUUCAGCAGGCUCCAAAACAUGGUGAUGCCUUCAUCUGCUGUAUUCUGAGUCACGGAGAGAAGAGUGCAGUCUUGGGGACUGACAAGAAGCCCCUCUCCUUUAAACAAAUAACUAGAACCUUCAAGGCAACCAACCAGUCAACACUCACCGGCAAGCCCAAAGUGUUCCUGAUCCAGUCCUGCCAGGGGAAUCGGAGACAGCAUGGAGUGUUAUUCAGUGGUCUGCAGGCUGAUUCUGAUGAUUCUCACUCAGUAUUCAUCCCUGAGGAAGCUGAUGUUCUGGUUGCCACUGCCACUGUUGAAGACCAUGUUUCAUUUAGACACAAAAUAGAUGGGAGCUGGUUCAUCCAAUCUGUGUGUCAGCAGCUGAAGGAGGGCUGUCCAAGGGGUGAUGACAUGACCACCAUCCUCCACCGAGUGAAUGAUGAAGUAAGCCAGAAAGAGGGGUGCAGUCAACCUGGUGCAGUAAAGCAGAUGCCUGAAGUCAGGUUCACCCUGAGGAAGAGACUUGUGUUGUCCCCAUAUUGCAACUGAAGCUCAACCACUUCAAAUCAUGUCCACACAGUGUACUUUAUGUCUUCAUUAAGGAUGUGUUAGUUAACUCAGGGGAAAUGUUUUUCUGAAAAUGUACCCUUCUAUCAUUCUAAAUCUUUUAUUUUCAUACCAUUGAAUCAUUGCCUUUUAUAUUGUGACAGAUUUGUUUCUCAGAAUAAACCUGGUAAGCUUAAUAUAGA